UUCCACACUCCCGACUCGAAACUCGAAGGUCCGAAAGCACUCGUUCCCUUCUUCCCCGUGUUCCCCUGUCCCCCCAUCUCCUACUCCUCCUCCUCCGAUCCCUUCUCAUCACCGUAAUCACAUACACGCGCACACGCGCGCACACACUCACGCACUCAGGAGCGAAAACCUUUUAAUCGUCACCGGUCUCCUGCCCCCCCCCCUCUCUCUCUAUAAUUUAUAAUUUAUUGAUUUAGAAGAUACAAUUUUAUACCUUUAUUUUACCUAUACUAUUUGUCUCGAAGAAAAAAAGUUUACCUAGAUCGGAGUUUCUCGAAGAUCCCAACGGAUUUCACUCCGACCACGACAAGGUCAUCUGAAUGAUCUGGGGAUGUUAUUUCGAAGAUGACGUCAAAUAUAUUAGCAGGAGAACGAAGAUGGGCUUCUGCAAGACGAACUGGAAUGACUGUGUUAGGGAAAGUUUCUGUUCCAAAGCCUUUGAAUUUACCCAGCCAAAGGUUAGAAAAUCAUGGCCUGGAUCCCAAUGUGGAAAUUGUUCCCAAGGGUAGUCUUGGUUGGGGAAGCCGCCCUUCAUCAUCUGCUUCCAAUCCAUGGGGUUCCACAACACAGUCUUCAAAUGCUGAUGGUAGUGUCAGUUCACCAAGCCAGCUGAGUGGGCGUCCAUCAUCUGCUGGAAGUGGUAGUCGACCAUCAACUGCUGGUAGUGAUAGAACAUAUGAGCGCACUGCUAAUGCAUGGGGUCCAAGUUCUAGGCCUUCAUCAGCUUCUGGAGUAUUGGCAUCAAACCAAACAUCAACCUCGUUGCGGCCACAGAGUGCUGAAACAAGACCUAGUAGCUCACAACUGUCACGGUUUGCAGAACCUGUAUCUGAUAGUUCAGGUCUGCGGGGUCCAAGUGGUACUGCAGAAAGAGUGGGGGUUGCUUCCUCCGAGAAUGACAGGUUCUCGCUGAGUACUGGGGAUUUUCCAACACUAAAUUCAAGUAGAGAUGGUUCUGCGAAGAAUUCUGAGCCACGAGAUCAGGGUUCUCAUAGCCGUCCUAGUUCAGCUUCUGGCACCCAGAGAAAAGAGAAGAUAGAAGAAUCUCAAGCUGGCCAGGAUAUCAUGAGCGGAACAGUUAAUGCGUGGAACAGAGAUGGUCCCCGAAGUGCAGAUGAUGGGAUGCAGCCUAGCCAAGUGAAGUGGCAUGGGGAGCCUCAACAAUAUGUCAAUUCCAAUAUUCCCCCACCACAGUUUGAUGCAUGGCGUGGCCCUCCCAUGAAUGCACCAGCUGGUGUUUGGUAUAGAGGUCCUCCUGCGGGGCCACCUUAUGGAGCCCCUGUUGCACCUGGUGGCUUCCCCAUUGAGCCAUUCCCUUACUACUGUCCGCAAAUUCCGCCUCCAGCUUUACCAAAUUCACAGCCAGUUCCUCUGCCAGGGGCUGGUCCCAGGGGACACCAUCCAAAAAAUGGGGAGCUAUACAGGCCUCAGAUGCCUGAAGCUUUUGUACGUCCAGGAAUGCCAUUUAGGCCAGGUUUUUAUCCUGGUCCAAUGCAUUUUGAGGGCUAUUAUGGGCCACCAAUGGGUUAUUGCAAUUCCAAUGAACGGGAACUACCAUUUAAGGGCAUGGGUGGCCCAUCUGCUUAUAAUAGACAUUCUCCUGAUUCUGGCCAUUCUCAUGCCAGAGCUGGUAGGACUGGUUCUACGGGCAAAAUGUUAUCAGAGCACGUAGAAACAGCUCAUUCUGGUGAUGCCUCUGGGCAAUAUAAAGUUCUUUUAAAGCAACAUGAUGAAGGGAAUGGGAAGGGGGAUGGUGAGAAUUUGGAACGCAGGCCAACAUUCGAUAAUACCUCACAUCCUAAGAAAGGAGUUCUGUCUGGUGUGUCAUUGCGAAGGGAGUGGGGUGCUGAGCCUGAGCCUGAUAGUGAAGAAGAGACGUAUGCAAUGAGAACAGAAGGUGAAAACUCAUCUUCACACAAAGCAAAGGAUCAAGGGGCUCAUGAUCCUGACACUUUCAAAGUCCAGUCUUUUGAGAAUGUGUGCAGUGCUGUGGUUGAUAAUAAUCAGAAACACCAAUCUGUGACUGCUGCACCCUCUCCAGGAAUGUCACAACCAUCUCCUGGCACAGAAAGAGGUUUAACUGUAACAGCUACUGCAAGAGAUUCAACUUUAAUGCAGAAAAUUGAAGGCUUGAAUGUGAAAGUCCGUGCCUCCGAUGGACGUUAUGAUGGUCCACAGAACUCAUCCCAAGCUGUUAUCCCUAAGGGUAAUGACAUGAUCAAAGCUGGUAUUAUGGGACCUGGAUCCCAGGAAAUGCUUCCUUCUGCUGGGGAUAGAAGCUCUCACCCAGCAUUUGCUCCUAGGAGAGCGUAUGAUCAUAUGCAUGGUAAAGGUAGUGAUAAUGGCAAAGGAAGGUUUCGCAGUUUGGAUGGUGGUGGCUGGCAAAAGAAACCUGUAGCUGCUGAGCCUGCUAUUAUCCCAGCUGCUGAUAUCAUAUCUAUUGAUGUCCAUGAAACUAAAGUCCAACCUGUAGUGGCAGCUGUUGAGGAUCCUACAGGGAAGAACGAAGGAGAAACGGCAACUGAAAUAUUUGACUCAACUGAUAGCCAGGCACAGCGUGCCAAAAUGAGAGAAUUGGCGAAGCAACGGGCCUUACAGCUACAGAAGGAAGAGGAAGAGCGAAUUAGAGAACAGAAGGCAAAGGCUUUUGCUAAACUGGAGGAGCUGAAUAGGCGUACACAGGGAGGCAAGCCUUUGAAGAAUGAAAAAGCUCUGGUUGGUGUGUGCCAGCCAGAGCUACAAGAACAACAAACAUACUCUGGAUCGAGCCUGGAUGAUGCUAAAUCUCAAGCUGUGACAAAGGUUAUUUCUUCAGUCUCUGGUGUUGUUACUCAGUCUAGUCUGAGCACUGUCCCAAGUGGUGAUGAAUCUGCAACUUCAAGCAGCAAUUUACCCAAAGCUGUCCCCAUUGAGCCAGUUGUUUUGGAUGGUCAGUCCUUGCCUUUGAAACAGGAAGCCCAUUCUGCUGAUGCCAUUGAUCGUAAAACUUCUGCCCAAAUGAAUGAAGGUGGUGCCUCUAGACAUAAACGAAACAGCUUUAAGCCAAAGCAGAAUGCUACGCAAGAAAAAAAAAUUAGCCAACAGUCAGAGGCAAUCAGCGUUCCUGAGGGCCCUAAAAAUGAGACUGGUAUAACUUCCAAUGAAGUCAAUGUGGUUUCUCCAGCUGAUACUUUGUAUAGUGGUGAAUCAAACUUCCCAAGAAACCCUAACAUUGUUAGCGAGUCCUCUGCACAACAGAGAAGGAAAGGCAACAGGAGUGGCAAAAAGCACAAGCUGGAUGAUGCAGCAUCUAUACCUAUUUUACCAUCAACAGCACCAAACGAAAGUAACCCUGUUGAAGCUUACACUGAAAAGGAGGACUUUAAGGCUUCUCAAUCAGAUCUGGAUAGUAGUGUAGUUCAGGAGGUGAUCACUACUGUUGAUGGAAUGGAGUCCUCCAAGCAGCAUUCUUCUUUACAAGGUGAUGAGGCUCAUGGUAGACUAAGCAACCACAGAAAACCUCAGCACUCUCGCAGGUUUGCAAGAAACCAACAAUCUAACAGGUUUACGGAUAAAUCUCAUGGCAGUGAUGUUGUUAUUUGGGCACCUGUGAAGUCACAAAGUAAAGCAGAGCCUGCAAGUGAAAUGAGCCAACAAAAUGCACAGGAAUGUGGUAUUUCAGCAAAAUGUGAUAAUCAAGUACAGAGUAACAUUAAAAGCAAAAGGGCAGAAAUGGAGAGAUAUGUACCCAAGCCAGUUGCCAAAGAACUAGCUCAGCAGAAUAGUGUCCAGCAGCCAGUUUCAUAUUCAACUGAGAUGUCAACAUCUGAUGAGUUUUCUGAGAGAAUUGAAAGUGGGUUAGCAAGCUCUGGAAGUCUUCAUCCGGGUAGUUCAGCAACCUGCAAUGUUGCAUCAACUGCAGAGUGUAGGGAAGUUGAUUCCAGGCUUAAUAAACAAGUCAAAGCACAUGGAGCAUGGCGUCAACGGGGUUCAACAGAAGCACCGCAGAAUGCAUCUCCAACUUCCACAUCCAACUCAAGCAAGAGUACUCGGACAUCAGUCCGCCAAAACCAAUCUGUGAAGCCCGAUCUAAAUUCUGCCAAAGUGGAAGGGAAGGUAUCCAGGGAUUCUAGUGCUUCUGAUGGCCAGAAUGUGUCCACUUAUUCUAAUGUAACAGCUCCUGCUCUUUCACCUGUUGCGAAAGAUCAGGGAGUAACAGGCAAAGGAAAGAAGCACUCAUUGAAGGCUGACAAAAGCAUGGGAUUUAAUCAUGACAAUGAGAAGAAUCAAAUUAGUGGGGAAGCUGAUGGGAGUCAUAUCCAAUUUUUGGGUCCUGACAUAAAACAUGCUGAUAAGGUCAAUCUAUCAAAAGAGAGUCGAGGCUUUGAGGAACGGUCAUCGUCUCAUUGGCAACCCAAAUCUAAUUCAUCUUCAAAUAACAGCCAGCGUGGAAAUAGGUCUAACUUAGGUCAGGCUGUUACUGUGGAAAAAGAUGUUGUCAAAAAGGAUUAUCCUUCACUGCCUAGUUCCCAUGUUCCGCCUAAUGUCAAGGAGAGCAGCGAAAUAGAUUCUCUGCUGGAUCAAACUUCUGAAAAUGUAGGGCAUCAAGGACACAGGAAAGAAAGGAGAAUGCCAACAUCUAAAGGACAUUCCCACCCCCCUAAUGGAGGCGCAAAUGGUGCUGAUGAAUCAAGAUAUACUAUUAAUGCUGAUCCUCAAAAUAAGCAGCAUUUAUCUUCUGAUAUCAAGAGGGGUCGAACUCAAAAUAAUUAUCCUGGAACAAGCCGUGAACCUCGUGGGGAUUGGAAUAAUGAUAGGCAGAGGCAUAACAUCCACCACUAUGAGUACCAUCCUGUAGGGUCAUAUAACAAUAGUAAACCUGAAAAACCAGAAGAUGAAUAUCAUAAUGCGGGCCAAAGAUACAAGGACAGAGGACUGGGUCAGUCAAAGCGUGGCAGGGGAAAUUUUCAUGGGCGGCAAAGCGGCAGUAUACGUUUAGAUGCUGGUUCUGGCUGAUCAGAUGGAAACUAGGAUUAGCUUUCUGUUUUCACCAUUUGGAAACUAGUCUGCCAAAUGUUGGGUCUUGGUUUGAUUAGGCAGGAUUUCAGGUACUGCAAUUAGAUGUACGAGUUCUUUUGUCAAGAUUUUUUUUUGUUAACUGCUGUUUUUUGUCCAUUGAUGGUGAGAGUUCAUUUAAAUGCUCCAUGCGCUCUGCAUGCUGUGUUGUUCGAUACAGCAAAAGCAAUGGUUAGGUAAUGUAGUAGGAAAAAGUAAUUUGUGUGAGAUCUGAAGACAACAAAGCUCUUGUUAAUCAAAGCAUCAUUAUGUGCUUUUGCGCUUAAUCUUUUGACGUGUAAUUGUUCCGUGAAGAUCUACUAACUCCGUGAUCCUUCUCAGUGUAAAAUGAUUGGCAGUUUGGUUUGAGAUCCUUGUAGAUGAUGUUCUGAAUAGUGUUGGACCACUGAAUUUACUCUGGACUUUCUUGAGAAUUUUAAUCUUGUAAUACUCUAGAAGCUUUGAAAUGGCUGAUGAAAUGCUGAAUUUCCAUUCCUGGUCAUAUCGUUUGAGGUAGUUACUGUGUUGUGUCAGUUUAUUGUCUUACAAAACCAAGAAAGUCUGCGAAGUGCCUUUGGUAUAUAGUUCAGUUUCAAAGAAAAUCUUGUAUAUUUGGAAUGAAUUGAAGCAAAUGUUACAUUUUGGCUGUUGUAUCCAAAUUUUUACAUGUAAAAUACAAGUUGGCAGUAUUUUGUGAUUUAUUGUUACUGACUGCUGCUCAUGCUAUCUAGGUAUGUUUAGUUCCUGGGGAAUGAUUCAAUGAUGGACUAUUUCUAUAGUAUUAUUAGAAAUCUGGAGACGAUCCUCACUUAUUGCGUGUUUUGGAGCUCUACUUGUCUCUGGACCGAAGGAAAUACUGUUUGAGAUGUCAGCUCUAUAUUGAAUUUUGUAUUACGAGCAAUCUGGAGGUGUCACUGGCUGCUUGAAGUACAGUUCUUCUGUUUCUCUUGCGUACCACCAGAAGGGAGAGAACCGAGAGAACCGUGCCUUGGCAGGACCUCAGAAUGUGCAGAGCUUCUGUUAUCCUAACACACUGAAAGAGAGAAGAUAACCACUGGUUGAUAGUACAGCCCAGGCCAUCACAGAACCUAGCAAUAGGUGUCGCUGGCUAUCUUAUUAGUGAAGCGAAGAAGAAUGUCUAGAGAAGAGACUAGGUUGGUCAAGGGUAGAACUUGUAACUUUGCUAAGCUCUCAAGCAACUGAUAUUUUCCAUGAUUUGAUAAAAUUUUUGCAAGUGUAUUGGUGUUCAAAUUGUGUGCAAUUGCAGUUAAUCUAAUGUGUUAGCCUUUGUGAUGGAUCA